AUGUCGCAGGUUCGUCAACGUGGCCAUCAGCGCGUGCGAGAAGCUUUGCUCCAAAGGGGGCAUGAGGGUUCAAGGAAAGGGAAGCAGUGGCAGCAAGCGCUGCAGCUGCUGAGGGACCUAGAGGUAGCUUUCCGACCGGAUGCCAUCAGCUACAACGCGGCGAUCAGCGCGUGCGGCCGAGCGGGCGAGUGGCAGUCGGCUCUGCUUCUGCUCGAGGAGCUUGAAUUUGCUAACUGCCAGCCGGAUGUCAUCUCCUACAACGCUGCCAUCAGCGCUUGUGAGAAGGGCCACCAUUGGCCUUCUGCAUUGAGUCUCUUCUCAGAGAUGGGUGCGCAGCAACUCCAAAGGAGCAUCGUGACGUUCAGCGCGACUAUCAGUGCCUGCGAGAAGGGCGACCAGUGGCCUCAAGCUCUGCACCUGUUGGCGCAACUGGACUCUGAAGGGCUUCAUGCGAACACGGUGACCUACAAUGCGGCACUUAGCGCGAUCGGUCGGGGCCUGGAAUGGCAGAGGGCGCUGGAGAUCUUAAACCUGAUGGAUGAGAGCUUUGUGAGGAAAGAUGUGAUCUCCCUGAACGCUGCAAUCUCUUCCUGCGAGGGUCCGGGACGAUGGCAGCUUGCGGAAGCCUUACUCCGAGAGCUCCCAGAGCAGCAGCUGCACCCGACGGUCGUUACUUACAGCGCCGUCAUCUCGGCUCUUGCAAAGGCAGGGCUCUGGCAGCGUGCGAAGUCCUUGCUGACAGAAAUGCGCUCGCUGCAACUUGCAGGAAACGAGGUCACCUAUGCUGCUGCCAUCAGUGCCUGUCAACUUGGAGGUGAAUGGCAGCAGGCGCUCAGCUUCCUCGAAGAGCUCUCUCAGCGCCAACGGGCAGAUCGGACGGUCUACAACGCCGUUCUUAGUGUCAUCUCCACUGCAGCGCUGUGGCAGCGGGCUGUGGGAAUGCUGGGAGAGUUCCAGGACGCCAACUUCGCUGUAGACAUUUUCUCCUACAGCACGGCAAUCAGUGCUUGUGAAAAGCGUCAAGAGUGGGAAGUGGCUCUCCACCUCUUUCGGGAGGCAGAAGCUUCUUCUCUCCAGUGCAACACCAUCACCUACAAUUCUCUCCUGAGCGCCUUGGAGAAAGGUGAGCAAUGGGAGAAGGCGCUGGUGUUUCUUCAGAGGCUGCUUGUGGGGCUUGUGGAGGCCACCGUCAUCACCUACAGUGCGGUCAUCAGUGCUUGUGAGAAGGGUCAGCAGUGGCAGCAGGCCAUGCAGCUUCUGAUGACCAUGGCCGCUGUCAGCCUCACCCCCAACGUCGUGACUUACACUGCUGCCAUUGCGGCUUGCAGCGCCGCGCGUCGAUGGGAGCUUGCUUUGAAGGUCCUCGAACAAAUGCAGAGCACUGGCCUCCCAGGUAACUUCAUGACUUAUGACGUGGCACUCUAUGCCUGCGAUGUGGGAGGGCGGUGGCUGCAGACCUUGCUACUGUUGGCAGAUCUGGCGAAAGGCUCUUGCGAAGUGCUCGUCGAGCGCCAGAUAUCCGCUCAGGGAUAA